CACUGACCGCAUUGAGGCUGUGCCGCUCAGCACAGCUGUUGAUGGAUUUAAGUCACAUCUGGUCUUCAAAGAGAUUGAAAAGAGGCUCCAAGAGGAAGGAGAGCAAUUUGUCAAGAAAAUUGGUGGAGUCUUUGCCUUCAAAAUAAAAGAUGGUCCAGAUGGGAAAGAAGCGACUUGGGUAGUAGAUGUGAAAAAUGGUAAAGGCUCUGUGGCACUUAAUUCAGAUCAGAAGGCAGAUUGUACAAUUACAAUGGCUGAUGCUGAUCUGUUGGCUCUCAUGACUGGCAAAAUGAAUCCUCAGACAGCAUUCUUUCAAGGCAAAUUGAAGAUUUCUGGCAACAUGGGCAUGGCAAUGAAACUUCAGAAUCUACAACUUCAGCCAGGCAAAGCUAAACUUUGAGCUCAUUAGAGUGAACAGUAGUUGAUAUUCUUGACAAAAAAAGUAGAAUGAAACUAGGCAUUAUCAAAAAUAUGGUGCAGGCUGGGUUUGAUUGGACCUCUCUCACCUAAAUUAUGAGGUUAGAGACCUUAAUUCUCUUCAUAAUUUCCAUCAGUUUCUCUAAGGCAAACAUUUUUAGGCUAAGCUUGAGGCACUAACUUACAGAUGGUAUAUGGUGGGUAUUUGUGACAAUUUUUGUUCUAAUCAACAUGGAAAA